AUGAGUUCAAAACGUAAGUCCAUUGACCCAUCUGUUUUAUUGGAAGCCGUGAAACGUGUGAAAAUUGGAAAUGAAUCCAAAAAGUCGGUGUCAAAGAAUUUUGGCAUACCUCGUACCACACUUUUGCGCCAUUUGGACAACAUUGAUCGUGUUAUUCCCAAUAUAACUGUGGCCACAGAUGAGGAUUUGAUGCUCGUUUUGGAUAACGGCGGAACAAUGGGCACUACCCCUGUAUGUAAUGUUGUGGAUAAUAACUCAUCAAUUGGUGCUGGUUCUAUUUUCACUAAACGCGAAGAAAUUAUUCUGAUGGAAUACAUUUUGAAAUGCGCCGAUAUUUACUACGGCCUCAGCAUAACUGAGAUGGCCGGGUGGAAAUGGUUCCACAAUUUUAUGAAGCGGCAUCCCAAUAUGUCCAUGCGAACGCCGCAACAAGUUAGUAUGAACCGUAUGCGUGGAUUUUCACGCGAAAACGUGGACUUAUUUUUUUCGAACUUGGAUCGUGUCACCGAUCCAAGUGGUGAUGGCCACGAAUACGCGGCUCAAGCCAUAUGGAAUAUGGACGAAACUGGAUUUUCCACAGUUCCCACAAAAAUUGGCAAAAUCGUUGGCCGAAAAGGAGCCAAAAAUGUUGGCGUGAUGGCGUCUGCUGAGCGUGGCACUUUGGUUAGCAUGGUAGCGUGUGUAAGUGCAUCUGGCACUUAUUGUCCGCCAUUUUGGAUUUUCCCACGCAAAAAUAUGCGCUCCAUUUUCCUUGAGCGUGCGCCGGAAGGAUCCGAAGGCAUGGCCAACGGCUCCGGAUGGAUCCAUCGAGCAGAAUUUUUUGAAUUUAUGAAGCACUUCAUCAAAUACUCCCAUGCAUCUUUGGAUAAUCGUCAGCUGCUCAUUUUGGAUAACAAUUGCUCACACCUUUCAGUAGAAGCAAUAGACUUGGCCAAUAAGCAUGGCGUUGCCAUGCUAUCCAUCCCACCGCAUUGCAGCCACAAGCUACAACCCUUAGACGUUUCUGUGUUUGGCCCGUUCAAGGCAUAUUAUUCAAACGCUUGCGGCAGCUGGUGCAAAAAUAAUAUUGGCCGAGUGAUGGAAAUUCAUCACAUUCCAGAAAUCGUUGGGCAAUGUAUCGACCUUGCGUUCACUCCUGCCAAUAUAAAAUCUGAUUUCAGAGCGACAG